AUGGGGAAAAAGAUUGCCAAGAAUAACUUUAAUUUCCCUGCAUCUAAAUGCCUUCCAAACAGUGAUAUUUUUAUGGAGCACUUCAUACCAGGUGAUGAAGCAUUUGCACUUAGUAAUUACCUGAUGAAGCCAUACUCUCGAAGAGUUGCACGACUAGAUCGGGAUAAAGAAAUUUUUAGCUAUCGUUUGUGUCGUGCUCUUCGAGUAGCAGAAUACGUCUUUGGGUUGUUGUCUCAAAUAUUUAGAGUGUUUUAUACAACAGCUGCAGUUUUACCAGAAUCAGUUGAUGACCUGAUUAUAACAGCUUGUUGCCUACAUAAUAUUCCGCGGGAUGCUUGUCUUGAAGGUCAACCAACUCCCUUCUACUGA